GUGGUGCAUCUUCGAAAUAGCUGCAUUUCUCCACAGUCGUCCCAAAGGCAAGCCAGGCCUACAGAUUGUUCCUCCCUUAUUGGGGCCUAUGCUUGUGGGAGCUCUGAUGCUCAUCUGGGCAGGAUGCAUGGCGUAUACCUUCAUAGAGGCCGCCGUGACCUCCUCGGAGGAUUCAAUGCUUGUGGGAGUAUACCAUUUGCCGGUGGGUGGCACUAUGGGACUGCUAUUCCUCAGCUUUGUGACCCAUGCUCUUCGGGCAUAUGCCCGCAGCGUUGACAUGCUACAAAAGCAGCUGAGCAAGUUCAAGGUUGAGCACACGAAAAGCGCUUGCUGCGAAGCCGGCCAUGAAGAAAAUGACAGUCUAUGCGACCGCGCGAUCAUUUUUCAGAGCAUCGCUGCAUGGUAUGGCUCACUCGACAGCUUUGAGCUACAAGUGCAGUCUGGUGUGCGGACGGCCGUCAUCGAUCAGCUUGUAUUUAGAGCUCUGUCCUACCAACGGGUGUUGUUCGUUACGACUCCGUACAUUUGGUUCGAACUUGAGUAUUCAGCUCGCCAGGUAGGCGAUCCUAUCCUACAGAUAGUCGAGCUAGUCCAGGGGUUCACCUAUGCACUGGCUAUUUUCCCUAUGAUGGACAAGCUGGUCUUCCGUUUGUGUUACCGCUGGAGAGAACGAUGCUGCAGGCGGUACUUGGACUGGCUCCUGUCGAUGGCAAUCGUGAUCCUAGCUUUCUUGUUCUACAUUGCCGUCUACACUAUCCAACUGUACGUCUUCCGUCAAACGGAGCGGCCAGUCGUCCUGAGUGUGAUCUCUAUGUUCUUAUGGUGGACGGUCGCCGCCGUCCUGUGGCGAAUCACUUGA